AAAGAGAAAGAUCCACGUUUUUACACGGUAUCCUCCUAUGGAGGCCCACCUCGGGCGGACGGGACAAAUGGGAUUGGUCCGUUAACCAACUGUGGCCCUGCGACAAAUUCCGGUCCGAACAUGAUCAACCCCGCCCCCAGGGUUGCCUCCGAACAGGCCCAGGUGGCUGAGCGGUCUUUUUGUGUCUGGGAGCCCUUGGUGUUUUACCGUUUUUUCUGUUGUUUCCCUUCCUGAAGCGCUUGUUCCUUACGGAGAGAUCUCGCCAUGUUUUUCCGUGGAUUACAACGAUUAGCCCACGUCACCGUAGCGCGUUCAUCAAUAGCAUCUCGCCAACUUCCUUUCGCGUGGAAACGACAGGCAUCCACCGUCACCCAUCCACCUUCUAAUUUAGGAUUUCCUUUCACCUUUCACCAGAAUGCUGAAACUUCUGUUACUGACGCUGUCGCUCAACACAUGGCACGACUUCGACCGUUCUCCGCCCCACCUGCCCCCGUACAACAGCCCAUGAUUUCACCUGUCGCUGAUGGCGAAACAUUGUAUAUGACCAGCGUUCUCAGAAAACGUCGAUUGAAGAUGAACAAACACAAGCACAAGAAACUGCGAAAGAGAACCCGAGCACUGAGAAAGAGACUGGGCAAAUAAAAGAAAAAGAAAUAGAGCAUGUUAGAUACUUGCAAUACCUUAUGAAAAAAAAUAAUCACAAAAUAUCAAGUAAAAAGAAAAACAAGCGACAAGGGGGGAAUCACAAUAUUUUUUUUUUGUCUUUUUCUCCAUGAUCCGUUAUUGUAUAGAAUACAAAAUGAACAUGUAAG